GAACUUAAACUUAGUUUUGCACACAUAAGGGGUCAAGGUGAGUUUUCAACUCUUCUAUUUUUGGGACAAUUAAAUUAUACUUUUUUCUUUCUAAAGGUUAUGACGGAGCGCGGUCGAUGAGUGGACAUGUCAAAGGUUGUGCUAGUGUCAUCCAAAAUUUAUAUCCAGCGGCUCUUUAUGUGCACUGUGCUAAUCACAGCUUAAAUUUAGCCAUCGCAACGACUUGCAAAAUACCUGCUAUAAGAAAUUGUAUUGGUUCCAUGAAAGAGACCGUAAAUCUUUUUCGGAUGUCAACUAAAGCAGGCACACUGCUCAAAAAUCUUAUUCUUGAAUCCUUUCCAAACUCAAAGCAAGUGAGGUUACUUAAAUUCUGCGAAACACGUUGGGUGGAGCAUUUAGAAUCUCUUUCUUUAUUUAACGAUUUAUUUCCAUUGAUCUGUACUGCGUUGGAAGAGCUUGAUAUUGAAAAUUUAAGAAGUGAUUUAUCAAAGCCACAUGCUUUGUUGACUGCAAUCCAAUCACCUCAAUUUGUGAUUGCUAUGGCGAUACUAAAGCCAAUUUUUGCAUUAUCAAAACACAUAAGCCUAUGUUUGCAGCAAAUAGAUUGUGAUUUGAGCAGCUGCGUUGCUUAUGCAAAUAAUUUGUAUGCUGAAAUUAGUGAAAUGCGUAAGGAUUCUGAACAAUCGUUUAAACUAAUUUUUGAAUCAGUUAAAACAAUAGCCGCAGAAUUAGAUUUAGAAAUCAAAAUUCCGCGUUUGGCGAAACGGCAAACUAAUCGCGACAAUUAUGAAGGCGAACCGGAAGAAUAUUACCGCAGAUCAAUUUACAUACCGUUUUUAGAUCAUUUUUUGGACCAAAUCAAUGAACGAUUUUUAAAACAUCGAGAGCUGCUUUCCAAAAUUGAAAACAUUUUGCCAAAUAAAUGCGUAAAUCUGGACGUUAUUGAGAUGCAGGAGACUGUUCGUGUUUUAGAAAAGCAAUGGUCCGCUGAUGUAGAAGAUCCCGAUGAUUUCGUUGCUGAAUUUAGAAUGUGGAAAAGGUUAAAA